UUAAGCGCAAACGCAAACGCAGGAGGCGUACAGCGAGGUUUCCGCUUCUCAGCAGGGCUCGGACCGCGGCUCACGAAAAUCACCGUGAGUAACGUGCAAGGUUGACGCACUAAGGUACGAAAAAAAGCAGGGGAAAAAAAAAAAACAAGCGAGCAGAAAAGAUGUCUGAAUCCAAGUACCGCGAGUGGAUUCUGGACACUAUCGACUCGCUGCGGUCUCGAAAAGCUCGGCCGGACUUGGAGAGGAUUUGCCGAAUGGUCCGGAGACGACACGGGUCCGAGCCUGACCGAACCUGCGCAGAACUGGAAAAACUGAUCCAGGAACAAACCGUGCUGAAAGUUAACUACAAGGGCUCCAUUUCAUACCGAAACGCCGCCAAGGUUCAGCGGAGAAGCAGGAAAAAAGAUGAUGUAUCGUUAACAACGGCUGCGAGAAGGAGCGCCGUGGAAGAAGCUAGUCACUCUGACUUGAGCAAUGGGGACAGCGCUUUCGGUCCCGCUGACCCGGACGAGGAGGAUUUGGAGGCUGACACCUCAAUAGCUAUGGACACAGAUAGCAAUGCAGAUGAAGAGGGGGGUGAUGAGAGCCGGGAUGGGCAGGAAAGACCCUCUCCCAGCCACACACAUGAAGAUGCCACAGUGCACUGUGCCCCUGUGCGAGCUGUCUCUGCCCCCUGCUCUCCCUCUGGCGCUCGGCCCAGCCCUGGCUCUGGUCUGGACUGCGCCUCUUUCCAGAAGGCUGGUGAGAGGCCCAACUCCUUGCCCCCCUCCAGCCCCAGGGCCCUUGCACACAAUGACUGGGCUUAUGAUUCUGCUGUCUGCCCAGCAGAGCGCCAGCACCCAGGAAUGCAGCGAGACAAAGCAGUGGCUGUGAAGCCAGCAGCCCAGUCUGUAGCUGCCAUCCCCUGUGCUGUAAACAACAUAAAGAAAGACGACGGAGGCAAGGUGGAGGACAGAAGCCUCUCGUCUGACCAGUUGGUGCCAGAAUCGGCAUCACGGCUGGAUGAGACCAGGAAUGCAUCUGAUGGAAGAUCACAAACACUGCCUUUGCCAUCUGACAACUGCACAUUUAAGAAGAUGGACACAUCAUCCUUGACAGCAGCUGACGACAAUCUUGUGAAUGGCGGUAAAGUGGAUGAAGUGUCCAUGAAGAAGGAGAUGAGCCAGAACCUGUUGCAGUGGACUGUGGCAGAUGUGGCCAGUUAUUUCUCAGCUGCAGGAUUUCCAGAGCAGGCGGUUGCAUUUCGAACGCAGGAAAUUGAUGGGAAGUCUCUCCUUCUGAUGCAGCGCAGCGACGUAUUGACCGGGCUGUCUAUCCGACUCGGCCCUGCCCUCAAAAUCUACGAGCGCCACGUAAAAGUGCUUCAGAGGACCCAUUUCCUGGAAUGCGAAGACCUCUGAAGUGGCGACGGACAUGGCAGGCUGUACUGCAUUAACUCAAACUUGCAUGCAGUGCCAUCUCUCUACCGCCCACUUUCAUAUACAGUAUGUGUAGAGGGCGUGCGGAGGGUGGAAAGGGUUUUGGUGGAAUUGACUUUCACUGUGAGAACGACCAGAAACUGAAAGAUUGUCGUCCUACCUCUCAUUACGGUCUUUAGUUUUCAGAUGGUUUUCAUUUCACUCAUGCAGCCCCGUUGUUGGAGGUAAUAGACUGCUGCAUUCACAGUCUUUUAAAGCGGCGCAACAGUGACCUUUCUGCAAUAGUGAAACAUUGGGUAAGUGAAGAGGAUUGAGCCUUCGUACCAAGUGGACCACCUCCGCAGACGUGGUUUUGGCCACAGUGCUGUCACAGCUUUGGAUGUCCUCUCUCUCUCUGUUACCACACCUUCUGUUUACCCAGAAACUGUUAAUCACAGAAAACAAAGCACAUCUAUUGUGCAGUUUCCUUUUUUGUUCCAUGUGCUGAGUGCUGGAGAAGUCAGACUAUCCAAGUAUCUGCAUUGUUAGGGCUGCCCUGAAUACUUUUUUUUUUUUUUUUUUUAAAGCUUUGGUGAUUCGAUGGUAAUCAACAGUGAAUAGUUGCUGAUUUUUAUAACUACAGCAUCAUCUGACAGGUGCCAUACAGACAAAGGAUCAGCAGGGGAGCAAUGGGAGCUAGAGCUCCAUAGCAAAAUGGUACUGUUCAUAGUUUUUUCUUUUUCUUUUUUUCUUUUUUUCUUUUUUUUUUUUUUUUAAAUGAAACUCUUGCUAAAUAGGUAUUAAAAGUCACUAAUUAGCAGCAGUGAGGUGAACUAAAGGGUGCCAGUCAGUGCUGAGAGUGAGAGAGCUCAAGCUCAGAUCUUUUUUUUGUUUUGUUUUGUUUUGUUUUCCACAUAAAAAAAAAAAGUUAAUAUGUGAGUAUUUGGGUGCAGCCCUAAUCUGCAGAGUCUGAUUCCUUACUCCUCACGCCACCAAUAGCUGCUGUUUUGGAUAAUGUCUUUGGUAUCUUUUAUAACACUGAGGCCCUUUUCAGACAUGGGAUGUGUGACAUUUCAUUUAACGUGAUGGCGUUUUUGUCAUUCAAACAUACGUCGCUGUUCUGCUAAUAUUCCUCAUGAUUUCAUUCUGACAAGCGCCCAGCUGUGACAGAGGGCUGUGGUACAUGCAGCAGUGCGUCACAGAGGAGUGUUUUAUUGCGAAUCACAAAUGGGGUUAUGGAGAUAAAAUGUCAUUGUGUGCUCUUUAGGACAUCCUCCAGUGCAUGUCUGAAAGAGGCUUGAGAUAUAACCGACAUGAUAUGCUACUACCUGAUGCCCCCCCCCCCCAACCCUUAAUUAAAAGUUAUUGUGGUCCAACAAAACAGUUGCACUUUGGAUAGCAGUUGCAAAUAGAUGUGACCAGGAUAUGUGCAACCUAAUGGAAUUUGCUUUUAUACCUAAAUACAUUUGCAAGAAAUGUUAUUGUAAUACUGAAUAUAUUGCAAGACAUUCAGUGGAGCUGCUCAGCAUCUGUUUACAAACAGAUAUGAAAUGCAAUAUUUUAUCUUAUCUUAUUCCUUUAUAAUUUGUCUCGUCUCUCUUUGUGUUUUGAUCUAAGCCAGCCACUUGAAUUGUAACAUUCCAUAUAAUGUAGUCUGCAUCUCAAGUGUAUUCCCCUCCACGUUUUAUCUGUAACACAACAGACACUUUUCCAGAGUUGCAAAUAA